UAUUCCAAAUUUACUUAGAAAUUUAUUAAGGUGGAUCGAUAGGAAGAAAAUGAACUUUAUUUGCUCCUAUCGGGAUUGUAGUUUAGGCGAAAUUGAAACGGGCAACGGCCGAGUUGAAAUACGAGCAAGUCUUCCAAAGAAAAGACCCAAAGAUUUCAAGACUUUCAAAUUAAAAUGGCAAGAAAACGGUGAUGCAGUACUUCAUCACGACUGUUGGGAAACAAUAACCAAAGCCCUUCGUUCAAGAAGCAAGAAAAAUGUACCCUCGUUAAGUACGAUGGAAAAAUCUCUCCUCCGAGAARCGACCAAAACUGCAGAAUUCCACGACGCCGAUGAGAAGCUCGAAGAAGAAGCGAAGCGAAUAUCUGAAAUGAUUCAAAAAGCUGAAUAUUGUGUAGUGUUUUCAGGUGCUGGGAUUUCGACUUCUGCAGGUAUUGGUGAUUAUCGAGGUAAAAGUGGAAAAUGGACUGAAGAAGAAAGAAUGGUAAGCACUUCAAGUUUGGAAGCUCAAGAAGAUGACGAUGAAAAUCAUGACAUUGAGCCAAAAAAGAAAAAGUCUUCUGAUCAUGAUGAUAAUGGGAGUGAUGAUGAUGAUGACGACGAUGAUGAUGAAAUACCCGAAGAAGGAGUUCCAUACGAGCAGCUGAGACCAACUUACACCCAUGAAGCAAUCUACAAACUCUUCCAGAUGGGAUUCAUCAAACAUGUCAUCAGCCAGAAUGGUGAUGGUCUCCAUGCUUUGUCUGGGUUCUCGUUAGAUCAUCUCUCAGAACUUCACGGCAAUGUGUUUCUUGAGAAAUGUGAAAAGUGUGGAACUAUUUAUGAGAGAGAUUACUAUGUGCUUGAUGAUAAUGGUAGUUCUUAUUUUGAGGAAUUAAAUGAGUGUGGUGCUUCAGACAUCAAAAAACCAAGAAAUGCUAGACAGUGUGACAUGUGUGGCUUGACUCACAGGACUGGUAAAAAAUGCAUAAAAGAGGGCUGUAAAGGGUUUUUAAUGGACACCAUUAUUAACUUUGGCGAUGAUCUUGAAGAAGAGAUAUUUGGAAGAGCAACAGCUAAUGCUAAGAAGAGUGACCUGAUGCUUUGCCUGGGAACAACAUUGACUGUUACACCUGCUAAUGAACUGGUUGAGGUUGGGAAAAAGCCUCUCAGACUUGUAAUAUGUAACAGACAAAAGACAUCACUAGACAAGGUUUGUCUCAGCAUGGAUGAGAGUGACAGACCUCUUGGCUCUAGAGUGUUUGGGGACUGUGAUUUACUCAUGAGAAAGAUCAUGUCAAACUUGCUCACACCUCAAGAGCUACAAGAAUGGGAAAAGAAAAGGGAAGACAGGAUGAAAGACUAUGACUCCAAAAGAGCAACAAACAUUUAAAAAGUUUGAAAUAAGGAACAGUGGUCAAUGAUAAUUGCACUAAGGAUGUCCUUGCUCAAAAAAAGAUGGAGUUAUUUUCUGUUCAAGCAGAAUUGAGCUAAGAAGCAUGAUUUAUCUCUUCUGAAUAGAGCAGUUUUCGUAACAGUAGGAAAGGAUGCA